AUGGUUAUACAUCCGAUGCGGAUGGGAGAGGCUGUUUGGGACAUUGCCGUUGGAGAUGAAGGAAACGUAUACGGGAGCUAUCUCAUCGAUCCUGAUUAUACGUAUUCACCUGUUGGCAAGCUACGAAAGUAUCUUCAGGCCCUGGCGUUCACACCGUCCUAUAUUUCCAGAGAGUCAUUCGCUCCGGACCGACGGUCAGUAAUCCGAUCAUGCAUAUCGAUAAAAGUCCUUUGGGACAGGAGAUCGGUGCGAAUCUGCAGCUGCUGCCGGAUCGAAUCAAAACAGACGAUCGCUCACGCUAUCCCCGGAACUCCCUCCCUUGCCGCAAGCUCAUCAUCCAAUCCACCAUGCCCCUGA